UGUCAGUCCUACUUGCCGCAUGUGCAGUGUAGGCCUGGAAACAGUCGACCACAUUGUGGCAGGCUGUAGUGCUUUGGCACCGACGGACUACACUGAUCGACACAAUCAGGUGGCAUCCAUCAUUCACUGGGAUGUUUGUCGCCAUUUUGGGGUUCCAGUGGAGAGCAGAUGGUACCGGCAUCAUCCUGAUAGGCUUGUGCAGACGGAUGACAUUACUAUGAUGUGGGAUACCACCAUCCCCACUGCCAGGAAGAUCAAAGCCAAUCGUCCAGACAUCUGUCUCAGAAAUAGGAAGACAAACACUUGUCUUCUUAUUGAUAUCAGCUGUCCUGCUGAUGGCAACAUUGGCAAGAAACAUGCUGAGAAGUUGGCGAAGUACAGCGACUUGCGAGUGGAGAUAAGUCGCAUGUGGCAUUGUCGAACACUGGUGGUUCCGGUGGUCUUGGGAGCUUUGGGCACAGUGCACGCAGGUAUUGCACGGUGGCUGGACAUUAUUCCAGGUCAUCACAACCUGCAACACUUACAGAAAACAGUGCUUCUGGGAUCUACUCGGAUCCUUCGUAAAGUCAUGUCUUCUUUCUAGACAGCUGUGAUGGUCUAAGUACUUCUGAAGCAGGGUUUGCUUCCAGUACUUGUAAUAGACCUUACAAACCAGACUGAUCUGGUUGAGCACGACACACAUAAUAAUAAUUAAUAGAGAUUUGGUGAAAAAGACAGGUUAGGAGAAACAGAGAGUUGCAACCUUCCAACUGGAUCUCUAUUUCAUCCUUACCCCACAGUGAAAUUAGUUUCACAGCAUCUAUGUCCAUCCACGCCAUCAUAUACAAGGAACAAUACUGAGAAAUGCGCAUGUGAAAUGAAGGAAGAGGGAUAACGCGGUUGCAGCACGGUUUACAUGGUUGUUGAAGCUGAGUCAAACUGAGUUGAUCCGUGCCUGCUCAGUUUUAAUAACAAACUGUGCUGGCUCGGAUUGGCUCGAUUUCCACUUGGUACAGUUGUGUUUACACUGUGUAGCUAGAACGUGUCAAACCGUGCCGAACAGUGCUGGCUUGGUUAUCAGUGUCAAUGUAAGACACCCAACACAAACACAUGAAGUAAACUACAUAAACUUGAA